UGGGAUUCAUUUUUAGCUGUUAUUAUUAGCAGCGUUAUAUCAGUUAUAUCCCUUCUCCUCGUAAUCUCCUCUAGUUCUACAACGCAUUUCAAAGCUUCCUCCACUACGGUCGGCAGGAUCCUCCCUAGGUUUACCUCCCAGUUCUGCGUCUCACUUCUCUUUCCUUUUCGUGUAAAACUUGUGAAGUCAGCAUGUGUCCCCGGAAGAGCGCCCCAUUGCUCCUUGAAAACUCCCGCCCCCACUAAUAAGAAAAACGCCUUUUUCAGCCAGGAUUGGAUCAAUCGUUGCUUUCUGCGUCCUGGAAAUCGCUUCCUACGCGGAAAACCUCGAAAACCUAUAGAAAUUACGGUAAAAUCUAGAAAAACUGUUAGAAAGAGUUAUACAAUUUCCUUUGACUGUUGAAUAUUUCAAAAAUUUAAAACACCAUCAUCCGUUAGACGAGUUUAGCCGCAGUGCGGCGCUAGUGUUGUAUCGCACGUGUUAUUGUUUACAAAAAUGUGCUCAAAUCAAGAAUUUUUUGCAUCUCAAUAAAAUCAAUGAAAUACGCGUUAAAAUGAAGAAUAAACCACUGAAACAUAAAUCAGCUAAUGCAUUUAAGCAUAAAUCCUUCAGUGAUCGUGUGGCUGAAAUUGAUGUCCGGAAGGCAAUCCUGUAUCACAUUGACUACAGAUAUGAGGAGGAGGAUUUGGAUGAGAAUGAAUCCUACUUUGCAGCUGCCGUGACCAAAUGGCGUGCUCUAAAUCUUACGGAUGAAUAUGAGGAGUUUCACCGCGGUGUCCGGGAAAUUGCAACGCUGCCUCAGUUGCUGCACCGGAAGGAUUUUGUUAUCCAGCAUCUGCUGAGCUGUUUGGGUAAAGCAACACAUUUAUCGCUUCAGCCUCUGCUGGAGUUUGUUGCUGUUCUCGCUAAAGAGUUACAGAGUGACUUUUGUGGUGUUCUGCCGCAAUUCCUGGACCAAUUACUGAAGCUUCUGCAGAGUACAGAUCCGGAUAUUGUGGAAUGGACACUAGUCUGUCUGGCGUAUCUUUUCAAGCACCUCAAGAAGCAUCUUAAGAAGGACAUCGGGAUUGUUCUUAAUCUCAUUUUGCCCGCAUUGGGAGAAGCCUCAAACACCCGGGGGCAAAAAGCCGUGGAACACAUUGAGAAUUUCGCUGUUGAGUGCUUUGCCUACGUGGCGAGGGAUAUUCGUGACCGGGAGCAUUUUGUGAGGACUGUGGUGGAGUUUGUGCAGCGCAAUAGUGGAGUCUCGGUGAGUUGUGGGCAAUUAUUCUUCCAAAUUGUUCGUGGUGUUCAGGGAGGACUCCACAGUUGCACUGAAGACUUUCUUACUGUCCUCUUGGACACCCUGUACACAAGUGGGGAGAAUCUUGACAUUAUCAGUUCCCUGCUCAAUGAAAUGAUAGACAAUUUCCAUAAAAUUAUCACCGUUGAUAAGAAUGAAGUACUCUGGAGGGUAUUCAUGAAGUUCCUGGAGCGAAUAUUGGCUGCCAAGGAAGUACCAGCUUGUGUAACAUGUGCUGUGGAUUUGGUUGGGAAGCUUGUUCUUCAUCAUAGUGGUAUAUUUGUGAAGAAUCCCCAGGAAUUAUGCCAGGUUGCGAUUAAAUUCAUUGAGAAGGAUUUUCAAGACAUAGAGACGAAUGAUUCUGUUCAUCUGGCUGUAUCCAGAUUGACGGAGUAUCUUCUCAUGAAAUCAAAUGUCAAUCUUCCUCUGCAUCAUGCUACAAAUCUCAUCCGAAAGAUUCUCAGCACAGUCAACUUCUGCGUGUUGAAGGACUUUGUUGAAUGCUCCAUGAAAAAUCCGCAGUUUGAUUCCCUCAUCUUUCCGCACUUGCUUGAGCAGAUUUUGAGAUUUGGCAUAACGGAGGAGACGUUGCAACUUCUGGGACUUGUGCUGGAGGAAAAAUCUCGUCGAGAUGGAGUGACGUAUGCAGAUUGGAAAUCGUGUGAAAUUACUAUGAAAUCCGCGGAUUUCUCCGAGAAGGUUGAAGAAAUUCUCUUAACGCACACUCCUGAUGAGGAUAUUUUCUUUCUGGCUCUCAUUUCGUGGGCACACCUCGCUGGAAUCAAUAGAAAUAACGCUGAGGAGAAACUUUUUAAGGACGUUCAAAGACUGGAAGGAAGUUUAACAACCCCCAGAGGGACAUGGAAGUACUUCCAGAUCCUCAAGGUUCUUAUCCAUCACCAAAGUCGCCUUAUUGACCCUCUCGACGUCACUGAGAAAGUCUUGGAAGUCAUCAAAGGUGUCUGGAGGGACUACGAAGACAAGCUCAAUGCUCUGUGGUUUGUAGAUUUGUGCAUCAUUGUCAUGAAACGUCACGAUCAAUCUAGACUGACUUAUAAACUCUUUGAGCGUCUCCACGAAUCCUAUUCAAAGUUACUUUGCUCCCCAAGUCACGAAGUUCGUCUUGUUGUAUCGCACACGCUGGCUCAGUUUAAUCAUCUGGAAGAAUUUCAAUCUCCGGAGCCUUUUCUCUUUGAAAUAAUUCACACCGUCGAGAGCACCCUAUCAACCAUUCAAACCUACCGCGAACAACUACUGCAUCUGCAGAAGAUCUCCUACGGUACGAUGUACUUCAAGGAAGCCAUUGGGAAGCAUGAAAUUCUCCAAUGGGAUGCCUUGAAAUAUCUCCUGGGGGUUCUUUAUAUCAAUUUCAAACUUCUCUGGGAGCCAACAGUGGAAUAUAUUGCAUCCUAUGCCCUCAGGAGUGAUCGAAAGAUGUUUUGGCAGAUCUACAGAGAACAACUUGAGAGUAUUGAUCAGCAUUUGCGUCAAAAUCUCGCCGAAACCAAGGAUUUUAUUGAAGAAUUACUUCCCGGACUUGAGGCUUUCAGACCAGAGACUGCGAGGAAUUUUAAAAGUAAACCCGACUUUAUCAACUACAGAAUUCUCCUGUGGAAAGCCCUACCACAGUUUGGAGAUCUCUUGCAAGAGAAGAAUCGUGAUCUCGUCACGUAUUUUCUGAAAUUCUAUGAGAAAGUCUACAGAGUCUACGUUCUAGAGCAUUCAACUGGGAAGAUUGAUAUAAGGGCUGAAGAGAAGGAUCAAAAAAUGGCAGAACAGGAAAAAAAUGUUGAAGAAAAUGAUUCGCUUGAGUCUGAAGAUGAGGAAAAUGAACUUCCGGAAAAAGAUGAUUCAACUACAAAAGUUCUGGAGGAAGAAGAUGAGGAGUUGGAAGAUAAAAUUGAUCCAUUGGUUACAAAAGCCAUCCACAAGGAGCUCACAACGUACCUCCAAGUCUUCGCCACUAUGCCCAAUCCAAAGUUUGUCUUCAAGGAGAAGGAACUCCAUGCAAUUUAUCUUCAUUUGCUCUCCAGUAAAAAUCCAGAUGUUCAGAAGAUUGCUCUGGACUGCUUGUUGGCGUAUAAACCGAAAAAUCUCUCUGGCCACGCUGAGAUUCUGCGGAAUUUUGUUGAUGAAAAGAAAUUCAAAGAAGCCAUGGGGAGUUUUGUGAUAAAUCUCGAGCAGAAGGAGCAGGAAUUAUCGCUGAUAGGAGAGAAUCGACCGCAUGUUAUGCACUACUUGCUGAGGAUUCUUCAUGGGAAGAUGUUUACAAGGCAGCAGCAGCAGCGGGGUCAACCUCAGACACGGAAAAUGCUAAUUGUUCGAUAUUUAAGCGGAUGUUCCGUUGAGGAGCUAAAUGAGUUCUUGGACAUGAUCUUUGGGGAAACGUCUGGCAUCCCAAAGCUUAUUCCUGCAGAUUUAACAAAUGCUACCCAUCCUCGACAUAUCCAGAGUUCCCUUUCGCUCAUAGAUCUCAUGUUGGGGGAGUUUGGGGGUAUUCGGAGUGAUGAAAUUCGACGGAGGCUUCUUUAUUUGAUCCUUCAGCAAUCAGCUACAAUUCAAGGCAUUUUCACGGCUGCCGAAAACCGCCCAAUUCGCUACCUUAAUCUCCUCAAGAACAUCAGAACCGAAGCUGCAAAUCUUAUUCGGAAGUUUUUCAAUCUCUUCGAAACUUUCCCGUGGCAGGAGGAUGAAAUUGAAGCAAUUUUUGAUAUCUUUGUCUGGCCACAGUUGCCUAAGCUUCCAAUAGAAUGUAUUCAUUCCCCAACAGCCCUUUUGCGACUCUUUCUGGCUUGGAGUGCCAAUCCGCGGUACUUCGUCUUACUCUCCAAGAUUCCAGAAGAGCUUUCCGAGGAAAAUCCACUGAAGGCUGUGUUUGACUUGCUAAAAAGACCCAGAAUUAAUGGAAAAGUAACAGAUGCUGCCAUGGAUAUUAUUUCCAAUCUUCUAAGCUUGGAUGAUGAUGCCCUAGUGACGGAAGAUAGUCCAAAAGCUCCUGAAAUUCUCAUUAAAAAUCCCCGAAUUCCAGAAACAGAACCAGAAAAGAAUUUAUCAGUUGGGCGAAGAUUAAUCCUGCCGCACAUUGAUGCAAUUGUAAAUCGCCUACAGUCAAGGAUGAGUGGUCAGAAGAAGAAAGCUGUUGGGAAGAGAGAUUUGGCCAUUCUGAGUAGAAUUGCGGAUUUAAUCACAGAUAAGGAGAAGAGUGAGAUUCUUGUGGGGCUUUUGCUUCCAAUUCUUACGCGUAAAACCGGUAGGAUGUUGAAUGAAUCCUCAAUGGUGCAGAUGAUCACAUCCUUGACUAAUCUGGUAGACAAAAGUGAGACUCCUGGGCGGCAUAUUCGCACUCUUGCCCCGCUUUUUGAAGAGAUCUCAUCUCUAGCCUGCAGAAAGCUUCUCUGUGAUCUUGUGGUGAGAAUAGCCAAGAAAUCUGAAGAUGAGAUGGUUUCGGAAUUGGUUGUGGAACUCAAUGCUCUCAAUAGGCGAUGGAUUGAUCAACCUGACUUCGAUCGGAGGCUCACGGCUUUCCGGACAAUUGAUGACCUCAUAGAGAAGGACAGCAUUAAUGUGAAUGUUGGGCUUGUGGCGAUUUUUCAUUCAUUUUUCUUCCUCCGUCACGAGAAGGAUUUAGCCAUGAGAAGCUCCUCUAGCCACUGUCUCAGAAAAGUCAGCCUGGCACUUGCGAGGAAGUACUCCGAAGAGCCUCAGGAGCGGAAAUAUAUCUUCGACAGUGUCCUGCUGCCGCUAAUAAAGCGCUCUAUCAGUGGGAAUAAUGAAAACCUCCGGGCUGAGUGUGUAAGGAUUUUGGGAGAUCUCUCCAGGGUACAUCCGGAAGUUCACUACGUCUUUGGGGAUUUGCACUGCUUGACGGACAAACACGACAAAGAAGUGGAUUUCUUUGAAAACAUCAUCCAUCUACAGCAGCAUCGACAAGGCAGAGCAUUGGCGAGGUUCAUUCGCUUAGCACCACAGAUGAAGGAUCCAAAUUCAAAAACUUUGUUGGAUUUUAUGCUUCCUCUGGUCAGUUCGUACCUCUGUAAUGAAAAAUUCAUAUCCAAGAAUUCAACAGUGGACUUUGCAGCCGAAGCAAUCUCUGUUAUCUGCAAAAAACUUCCCUUUCUACCGUAUCAGAACAUUUUGAGGCUCUUCAUUCGAAAGUUGAGGAUGAAUGUUGAGUACCAGAAGCAAAUGGUGAAGGUUGUCAUUGCAAUCAUUGAUGCAUUUCAUUUUGAUUUCUCUGAGAAGAAAGAGAAGGUUGAGAAUAAAAAUGGCAAUCAGGAAGCUGAUGAAUCCGAUGAGGAGGAUACUGAAGAUUUGCAAGAAGUGAAGAAGGAAUCGAAGAAGAUUUUAAAGACAAGCAGCGGAACAAACAGUCCGGAAUACAAUCUUAUGGUUGGUUUAAUCUCCAGCCUGAUUGGCACAAUUGCAGAGUUCAGCACGAAGGAGGCAAACCACAAGCUGACAAAGGCUCAGAAUGCAGCACAGAAGGAAGAGGAAGAUAUUCUAAGGAUUCCCAUUGGUGUGGCCACUGUUCAGCUGCUGCACAAAGUCUCCAAGGAGCUUCUGGAUACUCAUCUACCGAAGAUCCUCAUGAAACUCUGUACAUUCCUCAAAUCUCGCCUUAAAUCCGUCCGGAUUGUUACGCGUGACAUGCUAAAGAAGAUCAUGGAAAUCCUUGGACCGGGUUAUUUGAAAAUUUUGCUUGAUUCCAUCACGAGUAUCCUCACAAGAGGUUACCAAGUUCACGUGCUUGUUGUCACUCUACACGGUAUCCUAGAUAGGUUGAAAGGGAAUUUUAAGGCUGGCGAUAUUGAUGACAAUCUGCAGUGUAUCUUGAAGAUUUGCAUGGAGAAUGUCUUUGGGGAAUCAGCUGAAGAGCGAGAAGUUGAAAAGAUCGCCGCUAAAACGCACGAAGCAAAAUUCAGCAAUAAAAGUCUUCUCAUCCUCCAAAUUCUUGCAACAAAUAUCAACGAAAAGUGCCUCCUGGACAUACUGCUGCCCUUUAAAGAGCAUCUCAGCAAGAGUCAUUCAGCAAAGGUCGUGAACAAAGUACAGGAUUGUCUUGGAAAGAUUGUUAUUGGGCUGGGAGAGAAUAAGAGAAUCUCCACAGAGUCCCUACUAAUUUUCACCUAUGGUGUCGUCUCGGAGAGCAUUGAUACGCUGAAGAUGAAAAUGGCAAAGAAGGAAUUGACAGAAGUAGAGAGGGAAGUGCUGAGGAGAAAGCCUGCGGAUAUAUUCCUCAUUGCAGAUGAGAAGAGUGCCUCCCGGAAAAAAGUGGUGAAGACAAAUGUGCAGACAAAUACGCACAUCCUCACGGAAUUUGGACUCAAUCUCCUGCACACGCUUCUCAAGAGUGAACGAGUCGAUGGAGCUCAAUUUGAGGGAUUCCUCAAUCCGCUUGUUCCGAUCUUCAGGGAGACUCUAGGUGGGGUCCAUGUGAAGCUUUCAACACUCACCCUCAAAUGCUUGACGGUUGUUUGGACGCGACAGCUUAUGCAGGAGGCGAUCAAGGAACGAACUUUGGAGGAUUUCGUUGGGAAGAUCCUUGAGAUUCUGAAGAGAUACUCCAGCACUGAAUUGACAAAGAAUGAUGAGAAUUUUCACCUCGUCAAGAAUACUUUCAAAGCAAUUAUGGCACUACUGCGUUUCGUUAAGGACUUUACAAUUACGGAGGAUCAGCUGAAGGAGAUCCUUUUACACGUUGAUCGUGAUCUUCAUGCAAGGCAGGCGAUUGCUUUCCCUCUACUUCGAGCAAUUGUAGCGCAGAAGCUCUACGUUCCGGAAAUUGACAAUAUUAUUGAGUUUGUUGCUGAACUUUGUGUGACAUCGGACAGUGAUACUGUUAGGGAGGAAGCAAGACAAAUUCUCAUUACUUACUUGCUGGAUUACCCACUGGAUGGGGCAAAGUUCAAACAGCAUCUCAUGUUCUUCCUGUCUCAGUUGACAUACUCAGAAUCCCCCGGAAGGAGAUCUGUUGUUCAAUUAAUUCAAAACCUCUUCAAGAAGUUAUCACAAGAAAGUCUCAAGAAGAACAGCGGUGUGGUUUUCUUGGCAAUGGGAGCUAGAUUUGUUGAAGAUGAACUUCCGGAAAUUCGAGAGCAAAUUGCGAGAUGUUUGGAGGAGAUUUUGCGUCGACUGGAUGAUGAGACUCGUCGUGAAUUGUGGGAGAUUGUUCUUUCACUCUUUCGGGAUAAGAUGAGUUCUCACGCUGAAAUGGGAGCCAUCAUGUCGGUGCGCUUUAUGAAUGCAGAUAAAACCUUCCGGAAACGUCUCAACAACUUCUUACCACUUAUUGUGAGAAAACUUUCAGGCGAUGAGUUGGAUGAUAAUCUUCCGGGGAAAUUUGUGAGAGUACAUAUGGAGGAAGCUGAUGUGGAGGAUGAAUCAGCAGCAAGGGCGAAAGAUCACAAAUUAAUUCAAAUUCUCAUUGCUAUUGGGAAGUUUUUUGAUAAAUUCCCAGACAUUUUAAUGGAUGACAAUUUGGCAUCUGUUGUGGAUGGAUUGGCAUUCAAAUGUCAGGAAUUCCUGGGGUACGAUCAUUCCUGGGUGCGGUAUUACUCAGCUAAAAUCUUGGCUACAAUUGCCGGGAAUAUUGAUGUGGAUUUACUGACGCGGAGACUGGCCGAUCCGGAUGAGGACACCGAACUCAAGAGAGAGUUCCUCUACAGAAAUCCCGAAAGUCAUAUAAGAUCUCUAGCUUUGGAUUUGUGUGCUCAACUUCAACCAGAGCACAUUCAAGAGAAUAUGGUUGGGGAAGUUAUGAAGAUUCUCCUGAAUUUGGCUAAAUUUAUCAAGCAUAGGGAGAUUGUGAAAAGGGAAAAGGAUGCCGAGGAAGAGGACACAAAACGUGAUGGUGGGAUCAAUUUGAUGUGGAUCGUUCGACGGUUGCGGUAUGCAGCAAAUGGCGAAGUCACUCAGGCUCCUCAUUCUACAAUCAUUCGAACGAGUAUCUUCCACUGGAUUCAGGGUCUUGUCCACAUGUUGGAUUCAUCUACAUUGAGACUCCUUGCACGGAGCCUCCUGACGCCUCUUCUACGAGAAAUGUCAACGGAAAAUAACAAUCAUGACCAAAUUCUCAGCCAACUGGCAACGAAGAUUGUGGAUAAGAUCAAGAAGAAGCUGAAUAGUGAUGACGAAUUCACGAGUCUUGUGAAUGAAAUUCACGUGAAGCAAAUGCAAAAGCGUGCGGAACGUAAAAAAACAAUCGCCAUGGAGAAGGUUGUUAAUCCCGCGAAGGCGGCAAAAAGGAAGGCAAGUCAGCAGGAGAGGAAGAAGGUGGCAAAGCGUCGAAAAAUGGAUGUGAUAAAGGGAAAAGUAGCACCCAAGAAGCGGAAAACACCACCAAAUGCCGGAAAUACAGCGAAAAAGAAGCGAAAAAAGGUAAAAUAGAAAAAUACUUGAUGUUUAUUAAUUCGCCAACAAUAAAGGAAAAAAAACUUUUUAUAGACUUGAAUUAAA